AAUAUGCCGGAUAUAACCCAUCCCCCAAAAUACAGACGUAUGCACUUGAAGUCCCUUAUCACUACAUAGGCCAUGCCCGCAUCCUCGUGUCCACGCGGCCUUCCGACAAGUUCUUCAUCUCCGGAGACGCGCUGACUUCAAAGAGGCGACUGGCCUCUGUACAGAGCAGGUGUUCAUCGUCGGCGGCACAGGCAAUUACGUGAAGGACCUGGGCGAGAAGGGUGAGCUUGGCGGGGACCUGAAAUCUUUGACUGGGAACAGGGCCGUUUGUUUGCGCCUUGGCGCUCCCCGGCAUUCAUGCAGCUGCAGAUCUCGACGCGAGUCUGACAGCACGCUAUGAUAGGUAGAGUUGCCUGCUUGUCGCCUGGCGGCCUUCAGCGCGUUGACAUUGCCGCCUGCCUUGACUUUGCCCUCUGACGCCUCACUGACUUCGCUACUGCUGCCACUGCCGUCUGUGUGAUGCAGGGUUCAUAGACGCCUGCAAGACCACCAGCGCUACCCGGAUCUUCCCCGACACGCAGCAUCACAAUGUGCUCGGCUUGCCCUUCACCGGGAUGAGCAACGUCGCUGGCGUCAAUGGCCCAGACGCGCUGUCACCCUUCGCUAUCGUCACGGACAAGGACAUCGACCGCGCUGACAACGACCCCAACCACAUUUUCGUGCGGCCCGACCAUCCCGGCGUCACCCUUCCACAUCCUCGCACUACCCAUGGCGGUGGCGGCCGACGACACUCCCGCGGCGCGGCGCCUGGCGGUCGGCACGACGCCGGCGCCCAACGGCGCGCUGCACCGGUCCCACACCCCCGCCAGCCCCCUGGCGACCCUGACGACCCCCGGCAUGCUCAGGGUCGGCGCUCGUGGGGCCACGGUGGCCAGGCCGUCGAGACGGAGGUCUGCGGCGGCGCGCAGCAUUCCGGAUGAGCCCCUGGAGACCAUCUUCCAGGCGAGUGAAGGCGGUUGCAUUGUGCUACGGGCUUCUCACGGCACCAAAACUACCUAGUGUGCGUCUCUCUUUUGCAGCACAGCCGGGGUUGGUGGCGCCAAGUUGGGCCCUGGUAGCAUGUGAUGGCUUGGCGUCUUCGGGCGCUCGGACUGU